CAGGGAAGAGUGGGGGGCACUGGCGUUCCCUGCUCCAGCUGCUGUUCCCCUCCUGCCAGAGGCCUGUAGAGGAGGGGCAGCUGCCCCUGCCCAGGGGGCUCCAGCUGGGGCCGGCUGGGGGGGCCGGACAGGCCCAUUAAAAGACUCCUGGCAGCUGGAGCAGCAGUUUCCAAUUUCCUGUCUCUGUUGAUCGCUUGCAGCAGCGGGGGUUGGGGGGCGGCCUCCGGCCUGGUGCCUCCCAGUCCAGUCCUGGAGCCAGCGGGGGGGGGGGGGCACCGCUCAGCUGCCGGCAGGGCCCGAGGCCGUGGGGCAGGAGGUCCCGAUCUUGGGCUCUGGAACAGAGCCUGGAACAGCUGGCUUGGACUUGCCCAUCCCCUGUGCAGCUGGGCUUGGCAGCGGGGCCGGGACCCAUCCAGGUGGGUAUGGUGCCAGGGGCAGCGGGAGCCGGGGAUGGAACAAAGAGGCUGUGUUUGUACAACACCAGGAUGCGGGCGGUGCAGAAAUCAAUGUGCGUGCUGCUGGUGGCCGCGGCCUCGCUGGCUGCCCUGUACCUGCACGUCUGGACCCCUAAGGGCCCCGGGGCCGUGGACCUGCGCCGACGCCCCCUCGAGCCCCCCCCGGCACUCCCGGGCCCCUCCCAGCAGUAUGCCCACAUUGCCUUCCACCUCAAGCAAGACGUCCUCGAGCAGCUGCCGCGGAACAGCUGCUCGUGCACACCAGGCCUGGGGCUGCGCCUGUUUGGGCCAAGCUACACACUGGAUUUCACCACUGCCUUCGGCCCCUCCGAGCUGCCAGGUGUGCAUGGCCAGCGCGAGCGCCAGUACCAGAGCGACCAGCUGCGGGCCCAGUCUCCAAUAGACCAGCUCCUCAUCGUCCGUGCCAACUCCCCGCUCGAGUACCCAGCACAGGGGGUUGAGGUGCGGCCCCUCCACACCAUCCUCAUCCCAGGGCUCAGUCUGCAGGCAACCGGCAGGAAGCUGUACCAGGUGAACCUGACGGCCUCCAUGGGCACCUUCAACAUGGCAGCCACGGUGGAGGCCGUGGCAGUGCAGGGUGAGGGCGAGCACAGCCUCUCACUGGCAGGCACCCACCUGGACCACCUCAACCGCCAGCUGCAGUUCAUCACCUACACCAACACCCUCUACCACCCCAACACGGCUGACACAGUGCAGUUUGCCACCGACGGGCACCAGGCCACGUUCUCCAUCCGGAUACGCCACACGCCCACCCCGAAGCUGUAUGACCCCGGCUACCCAGCCGACGGGGAGGACUACAACAUCAGUGCGCUGGUGACAGUGGCCACCAAGACUUUCCUGCGCUACGACAAGCUGCGGGCGCUGAUCGCCAGCGUGCGGCGCUUCUACCCCAGCAUCACCAUCGUGGUGGCAGAUGACAGCCCCCAGCCCGAGCGGCUGGUCGGCCCCCACCUCGAGCACUACCUCAUGCCCUUCGGCAAGGGCUGGUUUGCGGGCAGGAACUUGGCCAUCUCGCAGGUGGCCACCAAGUACGUGCUGUGGGUGGACGACGACUUCAUCUUCACGCCCCGCACGCGGCUGGAGAAGCUGGUGGACGUGCUGGAGAAGACCAGUCUGGACCUGGUGGGGGGCGCGGUGCGGGAGAUCACGGGCUACUCCGCCACGUACCGGCACAAGAUCAGCGUAGAGCCGGGGGGACCCGAGGGCGACUGCCUGCGGGUGGUGCCGGGCUGGCACCACCCCAUCGCCGGCUUCCCCGGCUGCGUCGUGGCUGACGGUGUCAUCAACUUCUUCCUGGCGCGGACCGACAAGGUGCGGCAGGUCGGCUUCGACCCGCGCCUCAGCCGUGUCGCCCACAUCGAGUUCUUCAUCGACGGGCUGGGCGUGCUGCACGUGGGCUCGUGCGAGGACGUGGUGGUGGACCAUGCCUCCAAGCUGCGGCUGCCCUGGCGCCAGACGGAGAGCGAGCGGCAGUAUGCCCGCUUCCGCUACCCACCGCCCGCCGACAGCAGCAUCAACACCAAGCACGGCCUCUUCUACUUCAAGAACCGCUUCAAGUGCAUGGCAGGCAACUAGCCGCCCGGACGCCUGGGUCCCCUCCCUGUGGCAGGGCAGGCCCGCUCCCCGGAUGCCUGGGUCCUCUCUCUGGAGAGAUGGGGCAUAAUGCUGCUGUGGCUUCUUACCUGUUUUGUACCACCCGGGAGCAUGGGCCUGCUGCCCCCUGCCCCCACUAAGGUGAGAGGGAGGAAACCCCAGUCCACUUUUCCCAGAGGCCUGGGGGGCGCUGGGCUGCCCGGAGCAGAGGCAGGACCCAGGUGUCCGAGCCCUCUCCCGUGCCCUGCAUACAGGAGCCAUGUGCCAAAGCCACCAUGAUGCCCAUCAUACCUGUGCAUGUGGGUGGGGAGGGUCUUAGCAGGGACCCCCUGGGCUGGGGACCUUGUGCCAGGUCAAGCCCCAGGGCACCCAGAUUGGGGGGGGGGGGGCAGUGCCAGCUACUCGCAUGCCCCAGGUGUGUUUCACAUCUGCGUGUCAGCAGGGGCAGGGGCAGAUCGGGGUCUGAGCUGCCCCAGGGCAGCUCCAGAGCCCGCCACCUCCCCUGCCCCGGAGUUUUCUACCCUUGACCAAAAUCGUGAGAUUCUAGACAAACAGACGUUUGUAUUUAAAAAUGGAGAGUCUUAUGUACAGAGGACCCCCCCCACCCCCCAUUUGGGGUUAAAGUCCCGACUCCCUCAGCCCCGCCCCCUGCCUUGCUGCUCUCCCCGCCCCUCAACUUUCUACCUACUUUUUUCUUGUUUUGCGAGUAAAGGGGCGUGGCGGGUGCAGUGACGUCAUGGGUGACGUCACCGGCAACGGCCAAUCAGGGCUGGGUGUGCAGGCCUCCUAGGGGCUGCAGUGUUGCCCUCCAGUGGCCCAGCAGGGAAGUGCAGCUGGGGGGCUCGGACACCUGGGUCUUGCUUCUGCGGGGGGGGGGGGGGGGGGGUCACUGGUGCCAGCCCCAGGCUGCAGGCUUGGGGGGCAGUGACGGGCAAGGGGGAGCCCCCCAGGGGCCUGAGGCCUUGUACAUUCCUUCUUGCCCCCGCUUGGAGGGGGUCUCCCCCCUGGACCCCCCCAGCAGGUCCAAAAUAAAGGGACUUCCCUGC